AUGGAUGCCACCUGGAAGAAGCUGCUCCAGGUUUCUGACAAGAAGGGAAAGACCCCUGAUGAUCAUCGGGAGUGCCUGGAUACCUUGAAGACGGCGUUGCGAGACGCCCUCAUCUUCCUGAAGCAGCGAAGAGGGGAAGACGAUGCGCGAAAAGCCCUGGAAGUGAUCGAAAAAACGAUACAGGGUGAGAUCUACAGCUUCGGCAGCCAGCUCUUCAUCUUCAAGCAGGCCUCGGUGACCUUGCUGAUGGUCCUGAAAUUGCUCCCAGACUUCUCUGCCAGCCUCGAGGCGUUGCCCAGGCUGGUGUGGCAGUUGGUGGUGCAGCUCCACCGGCAGGACUUCGCAGUUCUCAGCACCUUCUCGCGUGAUGUCGCAGCAGCCCUGCGCGCUUUGGUCAGUCGCCCUUUCCGGCUCACGGCAUUCGCUCGGCUCUCGCGCCUUUGCAAGGACCGCCUGCCGGACGCUGAGAAGGCCGGAACUCCGGGUGGCGCCGGCGCUGAUGGCCUCUCCCUGGAGCUCUCGGAGGGCCGCUUCGCUUCGACGGCAGCGAGGCUGUGCCGCCUGGCGCGCGACGUGGGCUUUGAGAGGGAGGUAAUGCAAAGCUCCCUGAUCCGGUUGUUGGCUGCUGUGGCUCGCUGGUCCGUGGAAGGGAGCAUGGAGGUUGAGGAAGCUGUGCGGGUGCUGCGCGAGGGGCUCGAAGCCCUGGCCGCCCUGCGCCGUGAGGUCCCAUCGAUUCAGAUCCAAUCCGAGCUCGGCGGCGCUUUGCCAGCGUUGGUGCGCUUCGUGUCGAGGUGUGCCCCCUCCCUGGGCCCGGCUCUUGCGGACCUUCUGGAAUUGGCGUUGCAAGAGCACAGCGCCGCCCUGCUGCUCCCGCAGCUUCCAUCUGUGAUGUCCCUGUUGCUGAUGGCAGUCGAGAAGGGCUCCUGGAGCCUUCGGCCCUUGGCUUUGGCGCUCCGCCGUUUUGGGGAGGCGCCGCUGCGCUGCCCGCCAGGCUUCAAAGCGGCAUGGCUUGAAGCCUCUGCACUGGUAGACGCAGAGUCCGCUGCCCUGCUCGCAGAACUGCUGCCGGCACUGCGCGCGGCCGACGUUGCGUUUCCCAGUACAGUUCAGGCAGCAGUUUGA